UCACUACACACACUUGGAGAGAUUAGCGCGCGGGCAGCAGUAAUCUGGAUUCAGGACCACGGCCAGAGACACCGUUUGGCCAUGAAUCCUGUCGGAAGUUGCUUUGUGAAUCUACUGGGACAUCAGAAGGUGUGAACAAGUUCUUUGGACUUUGAGGCAAAGUGGAGCUGCAGAUUUGUGACAAUGUUUGUUUCACAUAAAUGUAGUUGAGGCGAUAAAAAUCACAGGAUAAUCAACAUCGGUUGUUACAGAUUCCCCUGCAAAAGGAGCUGCAGAUUAAAGAGUGUUUUCAUCCAGAAAAACUGCCUUUUUUUUUUUUCUUUGUGCGUAAAAACCACGAGGCGGAGGGAGUUCGAGGUACGGCCGUGCGCUCAGUCGGGAGCGCGCAGAGACUGCACAUUGGUCGGAUCGUGGAGUCGUGAGGAUGGAGAUCCGGCCGGAAAGGUUUAAGGCCGUGGCAGCCAAGACUCUCGGGAAAAUAUACGGGGCCCUUGAGAAGAAGCAGGAAAAUGGCGAGACUAUCGAGCUGUCAGCGGAGGGUCGGCCGGAGCUCGUGCAGGAGAAGGAGAUGCCUGUGGUCGACUGCACAUGCUUCGGUCUGCCCAGGCGCUACAUCAUCGCCAUCCUCUCUGGUAUUGGCUUCUGCAUUUCCUUCGGGAUCCGCUGUAACCUUGGCGUGGCCAUUGUCAGUAUGGUUAACAGCCACACCAUCUUCAGAGACAACAAGGAGGUCAUAGUGAAAGCUCAGUUUGACUGGGAUCCAGAAACAGUGGGAAUGAUCCACGGUUCCUUCUUCUGGGGAUACAUAGUAACCCAAAUCCCAGGAGGGUUUAUCUGUCAAAAGUUUGCAGCUAACAGAGUGUUUGGCUUUGCUGUAGUGGCCACAUCUUGCCUGAAUAUGCUCAUCCCUGCAGCAGCACGGAUGCACUUUGGCUGCGUUAUUAUGGUCAGAGUGUGUCAAGGACUUGUGGAGGGUGUUUCAUACCCAGCUUGUCACGGUAUUUGGGCAAAAUGGGCUCCGCCUCUUGAAAGAAGUCGUUUGGCCACCACAGCUUUCUGUGGGUCUUAUGCUGGUGCUGUGAUCGCCAUGCCAUUAGCUGGAAUACUAGUACAGUAUUCAGGAUGGUCAUCAGUGUUUUAUGUAUACGGAAGUUUCGGGGUCAUGUGGUACUGUUUCUGGAUCCUGGUGUCAUAUGAGAGUCCGGCAGCUCAUCCUACCAUCAGUGAAGAGGAGAGGAAAUAUAUAGAGGAGAGCAUCGGUGAAUCAGCCCAACACACAGUCACGAAAUUCAACACCCCAUGGAGGGCUUUCUUCACCUCUAUGCCAGUAUAUGCUAUCAUUGUAGCAAAUUUCUGCAGAAGCUGGACGUUCUACUUGCUUCUCAUCAGCCAGCCUGCGUACUUUGAGGAAGUCUUUGGCUUUGAAAUAAGCAAGGUGGGGAUAGUCUCUGCACUUCCACAUCUGGUUAUGACCAUCAUUGUACCUAUUGGUGGUCAGAUCGCCGACUAUCUCCGUUCCAACCAAAUCAUGACUACGACCAACGUCAGGAAACUCAUGAACUGUGGAGGAUUUGGGAUGGAGGCCACCCUGCUGCUGGUGGUGGGCUUCUCACAUACAAAAGGUGUUGCCAUUACGUUCCUGGUCCUGGCUGUGGGUUUCUCAGGCUUCGCCAUUUCAGGUUUUAAUGUCAACCACCUGGACAUCGCACCACGUUAUGCCAGUAUCCUUAUGGGGAUCUCCAACGGUGUGGGCACUUUGUCUGGGAUGGUUUGUCCACUGAUAGUUGGUACCAUGACAAAGCAUAAGACACGGGAGGAGUGGCAGGGGGUGUUUCUCAUCGCCUCAAUAGUCCAUUAUGGAGGUGUUAUCUUUUAUGGGAUCUUUGCAUCUGGAGAGAAGCAAGCAUGGGCUGAGCCAGAACAGCUGAGUGAUGAGAAAUGUGGUAUCCUGGAUGAAGAUGAGCUCGCUAACGAGACGGAGGAGCUGUAUCGCACAAGUGGAGGAGGAGGUUAUGGAGCUAUGAACCAGGCACCAGCUGAUCCUAAUGGGGGCGGAGGAAUGGGAGGAGGAGGAGGAGGAGGAUGGGUGUCAGACUGGGAUAAAACCGAGGAGUAUGUACAACCAGCUGGAACCAAUAACUACCUUUACGGCGAGGACCAGGAGUUAACAUAAAGUCAGUGGAUCCUCUGCGUAUAGCCUUUAAAAAGGCAGAAACUAACUGUACAUCACUGUGUGGAGUUUCACCUCGACACAUGAGGAACUGGAAACGGGAAGAACUGAGGGAAACGUUUUCAGAAAGUUUUUCUCCAACAUUCGAACUGAACUAUAUUAAAAGACGCUGCACAGUGGAGGUAAAGACAAUAGUAAAUGUAAAAUGUGUGUUUGUGUGUGAUUGAAAUUGUGUAACUUGUGUUACAGACAAUCUCAGUAAGAGUGUCCAUAGAGCCUCCCUGCAGUCUCAGCCGGCAAAGGGCUGUGUUUAGGCCUGGUGUGGUUGCUUUCUGUAUUUAUUUAUUGUUAUAAUUUUAGAAAUGUCUACAUUAACCGACAAUAAUUGACUUCUUUUGUUUGCCUCUUGUUUAUAUUACAGGUAUGUUUCAUUCGACACACAUUAACCCCAAGCCCAUUUCUGUUUGCAUGUUCUAAAGAUGUUUCGACCACAGAUGAGCAUAUACUGUACCCCCUCCACUCAUGUUAAAACAGGGAAAUCACCAAAACUGAAGCUAUAACCUUUUCACACAAAGCUUCUUUCCUAAAAAACAAACAUCUUAAGUUAUGUCCUUAAUGUACACAAUUUAACGCAAAAGGAUUUUGCUUGUGCCAAUACCACACAUUAUUUUACUCUGUAGUAUUGGUUCAUCAAUGAAAAAUUCAUUUAACACCUACAAAUAUACAGUUGUGUGUGAAGUCUGAAUAGCCUAUCUGCCUGCUGAUGAAUGGGGAAAUGUCACGCACCACAUGGAAGAUUAUAAAGAAUUAUCCUAGGUAAUACCAACGUCACUUAAGUUUAGAGCUACUUUUACUCCUUUGUAAAGUGUGUAACACAUCUAAAUGUUGUAGAGCCAUCAUCACAUAAAUCUCCAUCAGUCUCCUGUUGAAUGUAUUUUUAACACAUUAAACUAAGGUGAAAAUACCUCAAAUUAUUAUUCAACAUCAGCAAAUGCAACAAUAGCAUCCCAAGUGAAAGGCUGACAGAGGACAA